AAUUCUUUCUCUCAUGAUCUAAAUCUGCUCAAUUACCUUCUACAUUCCAAGUAGCCAGGGAAAUAUGGCAGCAGAAAAAAUUCUGUCAGGUGUUGCAGCAAAUGUUUUGUCGUGUCUGGGGUCCUAUGCAAUUCAAGAGAUUGGAUUAGCAUGGGGUUUCAAAAAAGAUCUGAGAAAGAUGGAAAUCAUGGUCUCCACUAUAAAAAAUGUUCUUUUGGAUGCACAAGAGCGGCAAAUGAGCAGCCGUGCUGUGAAAGAAUGGCUAUAAAAACUCGAACUCAUACUUUAUGAUGCUUCUGACUUGUUGGAUGAGGUUGCAACGGAGACUAAGACAACGCAAUUGGAAAGUCAGAAUAGCUUGGUGAGAAAGGUACACUACUUCUUUACAAGCUCAAAUCCACUUGUAUUUCAAUAUGUCGUGGGGCGUAAGAUGAGGGAUAUUGGGAAGAGGCUAGAUGAAAUUGUUUUGCAGAUGAAUGCUUUUAAGUUUGUUAUGAAACUAGUUGAAAGGCCAAUUCAGAUCAAUAGCAGGGAAGAAACCUUCUCCUUUGCGAAUACUCCGACGUUUAUCGGAAGAGAUGCUGACAAAGAAAAAUAAGUAAGGUUGUUAUUGUCCCCUGGUGAUGAGGAGAAUGUUGCCAUCAUUCCCAUAGGGGGAAUGGGAGGUCUGGGGAAGACCACACUUGCACAAUUGGUAUACAAUGACGAUAGGAUUCAGAAACAUUUCACCAAAAGAUUGUGGGUCUGUAUUUCUAAUGAUUUUGAUGUCAAAAGAAUCCUAAUUAAAUUAUUGCAAGCGGGUGAUCCCAAUGGGGACGCUAGUUAUAGUAGCGAAGGACUUGAGCAGUUGCAAAACCGAGCUAGAAAUGUGUUAUGCGAAGAUAAGUUUGUCCUUUUUCUGGACGACGUCUGGAAUGAGGACCGUGUAGUGUGGAAAAAAUUGGAGAAUUUGUUAAUAACGCAAGGGAGAGGAAGCAAAAUUGUUGUAACCACACGUAGUAAGAAGGUUGCUUUAAUUGUCAGAACGAGCACCGUGAAACCAUAUGAACUUAGAGGUCUUUCAGACGAUGAAUGUUUACAUAUAUUGGUGAAAUGGGCAUUUAAAGAAGGGGGUGAGAGUAAGCAUCCGAACCUAGUCAACAUCGCUAGAGAAAUAGAGAAAAAGUGUGGAGGUGUACCUCUUGCGGCGAGGACCUUAGGAGCAUUAUUGUUUUCUAAAAUAAAUGAGCAUGAUUGGUCGUCCGUGAGGGACAGUGAAAUGUGGGCUAUUGUACAAAAGGAGAAUGAUGUCUUACCGAUAUUGAGGUUGAGUUAUGACCAAAUGCCAUCAUAUUUAAAACCCUGCUUUCAAUAUUGUUCAUUGUUUGAGAAAGAUGAAGACAUUUAUGGAAGGAAGUUGAUUUACGCUUGGAUUGCCCUAGGGUAUGUCCAAUGCUUAGACCCGAAUGAAGAAUUAGAGGACAUAGGUGAAGGAUAUAUUCUUGAGCUUGUAAGGAGGUCCUUUCUUGAACUACAUUAUAGCAUCUUUCCUAUUCCAGUUAGAAGGGAGACGCAUAAAAUGCAUGAUCUUGUUUACGACCUAGCACAAUAUGUGCCUGGUAAUGAAUGCUUGACCAUUAAAGGGGCUAUUCCCGAGGCAAUUCCUGAUACGAUUCGCCACGUAUCAUUCGGUUCAAAUACAUAUUGCACAUUUCCAAGACCUUUGAUGGAAGCCAAGAAGUUGCGGACCAUUUUCUACCCAGUGAAAAUAGGGCCCACGUUUGGAUCAUCUAUUGAGCCAGAAAUCGCAAGUUUUGGAUGCUUACGUGUGCUAGACGGACGGGAUUUUGACGACAGCAUUUCCUUGCCAGAAAAUAUAGGGAAAUUGAAGCUGUUAAGGUAUAUUAGUAGAGCUAACAAUCUCCCAAAAUAGCAUUGCAAGCUAUUAAGCUUGCAGUACUUGGAACUCUCUGAGUCACGGGUCGACAAAUUGCCGGUAGAUUUCUGGAAACUAAUUAACCUGCUGUUUUUGUGCUUGUCAACGACAUCGACUUGCCUUCCGAAAAAAGGAAUCAGUAGGUUAACUUCUCUCCGAAUGCUGUUCAUUUUCAGUUGUUUUCAAUUUGACGUCUUUGGGUGAAGGGAUAGAACGUCUCUCUUCUCUCCGGGAAUUGGCCAUAAUGCGCUGUUAUAAGCUGGUUUCGUUGCCAGCUGGCUUAAGGCACCUCACUCCCCUCGAGGUUUUGGCAAUUCAUAGCUGUGAAAGCUUUAAUUUCUAGGAUGACGACGAUAUUAAGGGGCUUACAAGCCUUAAUACACUAAGUCUAAAAGAUCUCAGAGGGUUGGUGAGUUUGCCCAUGGGGCUUCAGGACGCUGCUGCUACACUCACUCAUUUGGAUAUUCUAGAGUGUUUGAACUUUACUUCACCAUCAGAGUCCGUCCUCCCAAAUAUCCUAUCACUUCAAUCACUUUUGAUCGGGGAAUGUCAUAAGGUUGAGUCCCUGCCAGAAGGGAUGCAAAGCCUCACUAAGCAACUGAAUUUAACUAUUUACAGUUACAAUCUCAACACCAGCAGUUAUCGUGAAGGUGGAGAGGAUUGGCCGGAGAUCGCCCACAUACCUAGAAUUCAAAUUGUUGAUAACACCUACUCGGAGCAUUCCAGUCCCGACACAAUCAAUCACUGGUAUAUUCACUCAUUUGU